UACGGAUGUCUGUGCUGAGUGGCCACAUCAGUCAGUCAGUGGCUGGUAAUGUGUGUGUGAAUGCUAUGGACUCAAAUGCAACGUCCUGCCUUUUCCACAGCGCCGAUACUGGAGUCAUGAUCUGCCGUUUGUUCGAGGACGCGUCCUCUGUUUUCAACCCUACACUCAAACGUGAAAACCUCGUAUGGUUUAUCACCGCUGCCGACCCAACCACCCUGAAAUUGCACCAGACGCGGAACGGUUGUUAAACACCGGGAGGACCUUGCGCAGUGCUAAAAAAGGAGCAAGCGGUUGCAGCCUCUUCGGGGAAUGUCGGUUGGCCGUCACUCCUGACACCACAUCGGCCUCCUCAGAUAUCAACGAAAAAAUGGGGUUAUUCUGUGGUCAGUGAAGAGUCGAGGAGGAGCAGCAGCAAUAUGCCCCAGUGUGUCAGCUGAGACAUGGACUGAGCUGUUUAGGCAAGCAGCAGUGUGACUCCCUGAAACAGACGGACGGACACCACAUCGUCUGUACCCCUUCCCCUGACCCACACCUCACUUGCCAGCCGUUCAAAUGCACCCCGACAAUAAGCUGACCAAUCAUGGCAAGCAAGUGAGCAGCGACAGCCAAUCCCAGCUCUCCAAUGUGACCCAGCAGCAGGAGGGGGCCAAUAAGGGCCUGGGGGCGGGCAACCCUGGCCUGAAGGCUGUCAGCCAAUCGGUGAGUGGCGUUGGGGGGAUGAUGAAGACGAAGAGAGAGAGAAGUGUGUCCAUGGACUCUGGAGAACAGAGAGACACUAUCACCCCUGUGCAGGAGCCUGACGCCAAAGUAGAAGGAGUGAUGCGAAGUAAACGACGGUGUGUGUUGGAGAAGAAACAGCCCUACAGUGGAGAUGAGUGGUGCUCUGGCCCCAGCACUGAAGAGGAAGAGGACAAGCCACGCCCUGCUACACACCGGCCUCUCCAGGGUCUCUCCGGCCUGUCCUCCAAAGCUGGGCCAGGGUCCCUCCCCCCUGACCCAGCUCUGACCCCUGGGAUGGGGCAUGGUCUGGGGCCAGGAGGUCAAAGGUCAGAGAUGCCUCGCCCCGCUCAGCAGGUGGUCUAUGUCUUCACUACCAGCCUGGCCAACAGUGCUGCUGAAUCAGUGAUGCACGGCCACUCAGACUCUAUUCUCCUGUUCCACCAGCAGAACGUCCCACGGACCAAACAACUUGAGCAGUGUGCCCCAUCAGGGAAACAUCCCAGUCUGUCAGGGCAGCUGAGCUCCAGCAGCAGCCCUCCCAUGGGAACCCCCAAGUCACAGAGCGGCACCCCCAGACCGGCCUCUGUGGUAGGGAGCCACCUCCAGGCUGCGGGAAGCAGGACCCCCUCUUCCACGGGCCCCCCCGACUCUGAGCCCCCCCAGACCAGACCGGGGGGUCUUGGAGCCUCCAAUAACAUUAGCGGUACUCCCUCCCACCAGCCAGGGAACUCAGUAGCACCUAUACCAUCUGGCCCCGGCCCAGGCCCCGCGGGUGGAGGUCGUGGAGGGGAGGGGAAAGGGGUGCUGCCUCACCCCAGCGCGAGGGUGUCUCCGUCGGGUAGCCCCUCGGUGCUCUCAGCCCACCUGCAGGUGGACGUGGGGGCGAGGGGCGGGGGUGGUCCGGGCGGUAACGGGGGAGACGGGGGAGACAGGAGUCUGUCUAAAGAGCAGCUGGAACACAGAGAGAGGUCUCUACAGACCCUCAGGGACAUCGAGAGGCUUUUGCUCCGCUCCGGGACAGCAGGGGGCGCCGGAGAGCCGCCGGGCCCCGACAACAACCCCAACAAUGUAAACAAAAUGAACACAGACGUUAGUGGCGGCGGUCCGCUGGAGGACGGGGAGAAUAGCGGGAAUAAUAACGAUACUAACAACAUGUUGGGCAAGAUGAAGAAGUACGAGGAGCCUCUCAGGUCCAUCAUCUCCCAGACGCAGCAGCUGGGGGGGGCCGGGGGGAUGGACGGCUCUCCCAUGGGGGGUCCCCACCACCCCGACCACCACCUCCACUCCCCCGGGGGCCUGGACAUGGGGCCCCUGUUGGGUCCUGACGGGUUGACCCCGGAGCAGGUAGCCUGGAGGCAGCUGCAGGAGGAUUAUUACCAGGAGAAGAGAAGGCAGGAGGAAAUUCAGCCUAAUCCUCACACACACCCACAGCACUUCAGAUUGAUGCAGGAGAUGGGCCCUCCAAUUAUAAUGAGGGGUCCCCCUCCGCCAUACCACAGCAAGCCUGGGGAACAGCAGUGGGGGCCAGGGGGGCCCAUGAUGGGUCCGGGAGGGAUGGGACCGGCUGGGAUGGGGCCGGGUAACCCUCGGAUGAUAGAUAUGCACCAGGAUGGGCCCCGGGGUCCACGGUUCCUGGGCCAGAUGCAGAGGGGUCCCCCUGGGGGAGGGGGUUUCCCGAGCAGUCCUGGAGGGGUGUUAUCCAUCGAGGGUCUCAGCCCUCAACGGGCAGCCAGACCAGGCAUGUGGAUAGAGGACCUGCCCCCCAACAUGAUGGGUGGUGGCAGGGGGCCUUUCUACCAUGGGGGGCCAGGUGGGGGACCCCCCCAACACAUGCAGGGUGACCCUGAGCGCCUGUUGACCCGGGAAGAUAUGUUCCGCAUCAUGGAGAAGAGGCAGCUGCAGGGGCUCCACCACCUGGAGCUGGAGAGGAUAGUCCAACAACAGCAGCAGGGUAUGGGGGGCCCCAGGAUGAUGGAGGGGCCAGGGGGGUUCCCCAACCAGGGGAUGGGCCGAGGCCCAGGAUCAAGGGGGGACCCCAUGGACUUCCAUGGGUCCAGAGAGAUGAUGGGGUCCCCGGGCGGUGGUGUAGGAGGAGGGGGGCCCCAGAUGAGAGAUCUGGUAGACUCCUCUCUCGGCCCCGGGGGAAUGAACAUGAACGUUAACAUGAUGAACCAGCAGCAGCAGCAGCAGCAGAUGAUGCUGCAGAAGCUGAGAGGAGGAGGAAGAGGAGGAGGAGGGCCGCUAGAGGGGCCUCUAAGGGACUUGCUGAGCCAGGAGGACAUCGCUCGGAUCCGGGCCGCCCAGAAUGAUGCAGGACGUGGAGGGAAUAAAGCGAUGCUCCACUUCCCUAACCAGGGGCACUUCCCUGGGGGACCGGGAGGAGGCGAUGGGGGUUACCUCCAUGGGCCCGGGGCUAACAUGUUUGGGUUGCCUGACCAGCAUGGUGGCGGGCCUCACAUGGGGGGUACGUCUCGCCUCAGCCACAUGCCCAUGGGGGGCAGUGGUGGUGGGGGGGGACCCCGGGGCGCAGAGCUCGGCCCUCACCACCCUUCGGACCUGUCCAUCAACGUGAACCCCGGUAUGGUCUCCCCGGCGAUGCCCCCUCCCCCUCACCAGCUCAAGUCUCCAUCCCUCAACCAGGAGCCAUCGCCUCUCAUGAACUCCCCCGCCGCGGGACUUAAGUCCCCCUCUCAGAUAUCCUCCGCUGGGGGUCCUCAGAGCCAGCAACACCCCUUACCUCCUGCCUCUGGGGCCGGGACCCCUUCCUCUUCCUCCAUGAAGUCUCCCCAGGUGAUGGGCCCCUCCCUGGGGCUGCGCUCCCCCUCAGACUCCCCUGGACGUCUGAAGUCUCCAGCCAUGGUGCCGUCUCCGGGCUGGACGUCCUCUCCGAAGACCGCUCUACCCAGCCCUGGGGGACUUAGCAGUGGGAAGGGGCUUGGGAACGGAGGCAGCAGCUCCACAGAGACCGGACCAUCACUGCCCCCCAGGAGUUCUAACUCCACCCCUAUCAGCCAGCCGGGUUCCAUGGCUCCCAGCAUGCCGUUCACCUCGUCGCCAGACAACCCUCCGACUCAGAACCCCCUCUCCCUCAUUAUGUCACAGAUGUCCAAGUAUGCCAUGCCUAGCUCCACCCCUCUCUACCACGACGCCAUCAAGACCAUAGCCACCUCCGAUGACGAGAUGAUGCCAGAUCGCCCUCUGCUGUCCGGAGGCGGAGGGAACCACCAGGGCUCUAUGCUGCUGUCCCAGAGUUCCAUUGGUGUCCACAGCGGCCAGCUGUCCCCCAACCCCAUGGGCCUGAACGGUAUGAAUCCUGCCAUGAUGGGCGCCGGAGGGGGACCCCUGGACAGGAUGGGAUACAGCUUGUCCCCCAUGCACCCCCAAAACCAGAUGGGGGUGUUCCCACGCAUGCAGCACCCCUCUCACGGAGGCCCCAUGCACUCUCCUCUGGGCGGUAUGCCCCCCCAGUUCUCCCAACAGAACCCAGAAGAUGUCAUGCCCCCCCAGCAGCUGCAGCACAUGCUCAGUAAGGGCAUGUCCCACCCCCACCCCUCGGACUCCUUUUUGGGCCCCGACGGCCCCGACCUGAGUGACGUCAUCCGACCGACCCACUCAGGCAUCCCGGAGUUCGAUCUGUCUCGUAUCAUCCCCUCCGACAAGCCCUCCUCCACCCUGCAGUAUUUCCCCAAGGCAGAGGGCAUGUCCGGGGGCCCGCAGGGCCAGGGGAACCACCCUAAUCCCCACCAAGGCCAGCCUGGCUCCCAGGGCCCUGGACCCCCUCCUCCACAGCUCCUGAAACAGCUCUCUGCCCCUGGCCCUCACAGCAAUGCCCCCUCCUCCAACCCUCACAUUGCCAACCUCCAGAACAUGAUGGCAGAGCAGCAGCUGCCCCACCACCCUUCCCACUGCGGGAUGGGUAGACACGGUAUGGCGGGGAUGCCCCAGGGCGGAUCCAGGGGCAUGGGAGGUCCGGGUGGUCACAUGAUGCACCCUGGACACCUGAUGGGGAGGACAGGUAUGGGGCCAGGCCCCACCCAGCAACAGCUUCAGCAGCAGGCCAUGAUGGCGAACAGCCUCCUCCACGGCGGCCACCCUGGCCCCCAGCCCCACCCAUCCAUGAUGUCCUCCCAACAACACAGCCUAAUGGCCCAGCAGAACCUCAUGCUGAUGCAGGCUAAGCAGAGAAAUAUGAUCCUCCCUGGGGAUCCAUUCGGCCAGCAGGUGGGACCCGUCAUGUCCCCUCAGGGCCCCAUGAUGGGGCCGGGCCUCCAACACCCCCAGGGUGGGAUGAUGGGCCCCGGCAUUGGCCCUGGCUCCCAGGGGCCACUCAGACAGAGAGGUAUGUCCCUGGACAGUCCCCUAGGCUACGGCCCUGGACCAGGGAGUUCUGUUCCCUUCUGAUCCCCCUGAGCCGCCUGCUACAUGUCUGUGGUACAAAAUGGCCUCCUUAUUCACUACAUAGUGCGUUUGGGAUGCAGACUUACUGUAUAAACCUUAUUUUCAACACAGUGUUUUUCCAUUGUCUCAUACGUUUUCAUCAAUGUUAAUACUGUUAUUAUUGCUUCAGAUUGAUAAACAAAUAAAUGAUAUCAAUUGAUUAUCUUCAUGUUGUUUGGAGUACAAACUGAUUAAAAAAAAUGUAAUAAUAAUAAUAUUGAAGAGUUGUCAUGACAACGGUUUAAUAAAAGAUAUUUGAAGCCAUUUUCUAAAAUAUCUGUAAAAUAUGGAGCCUAUAUUUCACAGAUGACUGUAUUUGUUUUGGACGAGGUUUACGGUUGUGAGGCAAAGUCUAUUGGUUUAUAUAUGUUUCAUAUCAUUUGAUUAUUUUUCUCCUCCGGCUACCAAACUGGAAUAUAUAAAUAUAUAUGAUAUAUAUAUAUAUAUAUGAUAUAUAUAUAGUUGCUGUAUAUAAGAUGCAAUUUGUGAUUGUUUCCAAAUGUUCUGUAUAACUGUGUUUUAAUAGAAGUUUAAAACAAUGAAAGAAAAUUGAACUCUA